AUGUCGCCUCCGUCCGCGCUGCGCGUGAGGCAGCUCACCUGGGUGGUGGAGGUCGGGGACGUGCCGCCCUACAGGAGCGGGCCCUACGAGAAACAUCUCAACCAUAGCAAGUAUGAGCGGGAAGACGUACAAAAGAAAACGUUCGCAAAAUGGAUUAAUUCGCAGCUGGCAAAGCAAGGCAAGCCGCUCGUCAACGAUCUGUUCCAGGAUCUGCGCGAUGGAGAGGUGCUACUGUCACUGCUGGAGAUCCUCACCGCACAGCAGUUCAAGCGUGAGCGCGGUCGCAUGCGGGUCCAUCACCUGAACAACGUGAACGCGGCCCUGCGAGCCCUCGCCUCCGCCGGCGUCCGGCUCGUCAACAUUAGCAGCGGAGACAUCGUUGAUGGCAACCCUAAACUGAUACUGGGUACGAUGGGACACGGACACACUUCACACACACACACGCACACACAACAGACAUAUAUAUAUAAUCAACACACUCACACCAAACUCUGUUCGGCAGGACUCGUUUGGAGUAUUAUACUACACUGGCAGGUUCACUACCACCUCAAGGAGCUCAUGUCGGAACUACAACAGACGAACCUGGAAAAGACUCUCUUAGCCUGGUGUCGAAAUCACACACAGGACUACGCGGGUGUGAAGGUUGAGAAUUUCACAUCGUCGUGGUCGGACGGGCUCGCGUUCAGCGCGCUCCUGCAUCGCUUCCGACCGGAGUUGUUCCGAUACAACGACGCGUUAGGACUCUCCCCUGCAGAGAGACUGGAUCGAGUGUUCACACUGGCGCAGGACCAUCUCGGGAUCGAUCGACUUCUAGAUCCUGAAGACGUCAACACGACCAACCCUGACAAGAAGUCCAUCAUGAUGUACGUGAUGUGUCUGUUCCAAUCCCUGCCUCCAGCGCCGGCCACACACGAGCCCUGUCACCUGGACCACAACGACGGAGACGAGAUAGGGAGCCCCGGGGACCUCGGAGCGGAGGUGGGCGGUGGUAGCUGCUCCGCGUCACGGCCUGUGUCGGUGGCGACCACGUGUUCCGUGGAGCUAGGAGCCUACGGCGCUGCCCUUGAGGACGCGUUGGCUGCUCUGCUGCUUGGAGAAGAACGGCUCCGGGACGCACCUCCUCCCGACGAGCCUGGUGACCCCGGCUCUGAACAACCGCCCGGACGGUACCUCGUCACUCUCAAGGAGUACUUUCACGAGCACGAGGCGAGUAAGUUUCUUCUGGAGCUGUCGGAGCAGCAGUGGCGUGUGGGCGGUGUGCUGGAGGAGGGGGCUCGCCUGCUGCGGGAGGCCGCGCUGGCCCGAGACGAGGCGGCCGAGGUGCGGCUUCAGCUGCGGCUGCUGGCGCGGCGGUGGGAGGCGCUUCGUGGAGCCGCUAUGACGCGCCAAGCUGAUCUGCAUCGCGCUCUUAUGCGUACGCAACACGACCAUCUUCAGCGCUUUCGGCGCUGGCUCACCGCAACCGAGGACCGCAUGUCUCGUAUGGAGGCCGUGUCCGCCCCGCCCGGCGCCGCUUUAGAAGCAACGCGAGCGCUGCACGCUGACCUGCGACACCAGCAGCCGCUCGUCGACGCUCUGGCGGACUGCGUGCUGGUAGUGGACGACGAGGAAGACCGACACGAACAUCAAGACGACGCGGACCAUGCGGACCGACCUCUCACCAGCAGCGACAACGUGGCGGCCAUGGAGGACGAGUUGCGCGCUCUAGGAGAGCGCUGGUCACACGCGUGUCAGUGGACGCUCUCCCGCCUGCAGCGGUUGCAGCGCCACGUCGACCUGGAGCACCGCGCCGACCUCCUUAGAGACAAAGUUUCAACCCUAGAAAACGAUCUUAAACAGAUGGAAGCCUACCCCGCACAAGAGAUUGGAGAAGUUCUAGAACGAAUACGGUCUCUCCAGCGUUGCGGCGCGGAGCUGCGAGUGAGACGCGACGAGCUCAAUGACCUGUUACGGUCCCUGGAGGAACAUGAGGACGAGCACACGACGAGCGGGCUGGCGGACCGAGCGGACCAGUGUCAGGACCGACUGGACGCGCUCGACCUCAUACUGCGCGUGCAGGCCGACAGGAUACGAGAGCUCGGUUUCGAUGUGGACGUGUCGAGUGAGGUGGGCGGGGCCGGCGGGACCGACGAGCACGUCAGUAAAAAGCCGCGACUGGAAGCCGAGCGAGCGGGCGUCGACUUCCAGGCCGGUUACCGCGCCUUCAAUAACUGGGCAGCUGAAACAGAAAAUGCCUUGCUGAUGUGUAUGGAACAGCUCCAAACGGCGAGCGGAACGGAAACGGCGACAGGAGAGGCGCGGAGCUUACUGCAACGAGUCACGAGGGAGAGCGAGGAACGACGAGCGGACUUGAGCAACGUGGAGGAAAUACAGAGGAGACUAGCCGCCGACCAGGAACUAGCGGAGGAAGCCAAAUUACACGCACAAAGCAUAGAAGAGGUCAAGAAGCGAUGGGAGGGAAUACAAAGAAUGCUCCUCGACAUACGGAACACCUUGAACCUCUUGGAAGAUAAGGACAAUCUUUAUAAAAAUAUAAACGCUUUCGAAUCCGAUCUGCAGGACAUACACGCGUGGAAAGACAGAAUGCUCAAGGAGACGGCGACCAACAACCAACUGAUUCAUUUACGAAACAAAAUACGAACACUCAAACAACUCGAAAUAAAACUCAAAGAGUUAAACGCGCAGUCGAUCAUUUUACUGACGAAAGCUUUUUCAAAGACACACAAGGACGAGGUGGAGGCGGACACGAAACGAAUCAACGAAGCGUUCGAAGAACUGUUCCUGCAUCUGUGCAAAAAGGAAGUGGAAAUAAAAGUGGCUCUGAACAAGAAGCUGUCCCCGAUACAAACAGAAGACGAAUACAAGGCGGUGCAGAGGAAGAUUCAGGAGAUGGAGUCUCAGAUAAUAACAGAACACGCGAUCAUCUCCACCAGGGACGACAUGACACAGAAACUGGAGGAGCUGAGGCACAUGAGGAGACAGUUCGACGAGCUGCAGGCCUCGUACGACACGGUCGUUAAGGAGAAACGGGAGAAGUUCGAACAGGGCAGUCUGGAGGAGCUGAACAUGAGGAGCAGCGUCGAGAACCUGGUGCUGAGGUUCGACGACUGUAAGACCAUACUGGAGCAAAAGAUUGACAAGAUGGAGAAAGGCAUCUCUCUGCUGGGACGUCUCGAGGACGAACAGAAGGCUGUGGACUCGUGGCUGGAGGGAGUGCGUCGGUUCAUUGAGGAACACAGAGACGUGCCGCUGGGGGAGAUACACAUGCUGGAGGAGCUGCUGGACCGGAGCAACAAAUUCCUUGAAGAAAAAUCUGAAUAUGCGGCCAGAGUGGAUGACAUCGAACAAAUGAAGCGGAGCGUGCUCGAAGAUUGCGAGGAGGCUGUAGCGAAGACUCUGAAAGCCGACACGAUGAGAAAACGAUUCGAUUCACUGACCGAGGAGUCCCUGAAGAUGAACGAGGAGCUGCGGCGAGCGCUCGAGAAGACGGAGAGACUGUUCCGACGGAUCGACGACCUGGAGACGUGGCUGGGACGACUCCGAGACGACAUGCCGCGGGACGACGAGUGCGGCAUCGAGGACUCCGCGCAGCUGUACCAGAUGAAGAUGCGCUUCCAGACGCUCAAGGAGCGCUGCGAUGACAAGACGGACGAGUUCCGCGACCUCAACGAGGACGGGAACGAGAUGCUGCUGAACGCGGGCGCACCGGCCGUGGCGAGGCGCCUCACGCAGCUCAACGCACGCUGGACGGCCGACACGCACGCCGUCUACGAACGAUACAAGGUGCUGGCGGAGGCGUGGCUGGAGGCCGGGGAGCUGCGGGCCUGGCUGUCCGCGCAGGCCGCCUGGCUGGACGGACUGCAGCGGCGACUCAGACCGGACACCUCGCGAGCCGCGCGCGCGGACGCUGAGGACAUCUCCGAUGAACUAUACGAUCUCGAGAACUACAUCGCUAACCGCGACGAGGCGCGAGUCAGCCGCAUAGAAGCCGUCGCCAGGCAACUAGCAGACGCACACAUCAUGCCGCAGUGGAUACGGAACGAGACCGACACGCUGGCCCGGCGCUGGGACGAGCUGCGGGGACAGGCCGCCGAGCGGUCGGCCGAGCUGGAGGCGGCGGCGAGGGAGGCGGCGCGCUGUGAGGUGGCGCUGGACACGCUGCGGCAGUGGCUGGGCUCCGUCCGGGACCAGGGACACGUGCCGACCUCCACGGAGUUUGCAGAACGACGCGCGUCGCUGAGGGAGGUGCGCGUUCAAGAAGAAGCUCACCGGACGGCCGGACGACGGGAGGCGGCCGACCGGCUGAGAGACCAGCUCGAGCUGGCCGAGCGCGAGCUGGCGGCUCUAGAGCGGCGCGUGUCGGACGAGGGCGCUGUGAGCCGGCCGCCCGGGGACCUGGCCGCUCGUCUCCGUCGCGCCACGGAGACCCUGGAGGACGUGCAGCGGGCCUCCGCAGGCCUGGCGCUCCACACACACGACCCCGAUGAGGUCCGCACUCAGCUGCGAGCCUGUCUGAGGUUCUACCGCACCCUGAGCGAGAUCAAGUCGGAGGUGGAGUCGAUCAUUAAGACGGGCCGGAAGACUGUGGAGGAGGGCGGGGCGGACCGGCAGCGGGCGCUGUCCGCAGAGAUCGACGCGCUCAAGGAACUCUACAACCGACUGGGCGCGCACGUGACGGACGCCAAGGGUCGGCUGGAGGGGGCGCUGCUCGCCGCCCGGGAGAUACAGAGCGACCUCGCGUCCCUCGGCGUGUGGCUGAGGAGCGCCAAGGUCGCGGGCCGCCACAAGCUCGAGCUGGAGAUGUCGCGCAUGGCCGCCACACGAGACAAGCUGCAGGCCAACUACGAGCAGCUGGCCCGGGGCUGCGACCCCGCGCGCCUGGCCGGCCUGCGCGCGCAGCUGGACGACGUGAACCAGCAGUGGGAGCGGCUGAGACGACGCGCGGACCACGGGACCGAGCGAGAGGAGGAGGAGGUCAGUAUACGGUCACCUGUACGAGUCGCACCUGUUGUUGAUGACUGCGCUUCGGCCGCCUCGGCUACCGAGGCUGACGGUACCGUCCUAGUAGAGUACGAAAACGUAACCGACACGAUCAAAAGACGCCUCGAGAGUCCCGUUAACUCACACGAAACAGAGAAACCCGAGCAAAAGAGGUCCAGGAUACCGCUACCUCUGAAGAGCCCCUCCCCCAUCAAGAAGGAGGUGCAGGAGGGCGGCACCAGGAGCAGGGCCUCCUCGACGGAGAGACGGGGGAGGAGUCCCAGCGGCUGUAGGACGAACAGCGCCAGCACCAUGUCCGCUGACUCCAUCGAGGACGCCGCGUCACUGGCGCCCACCCCUCCCGCCGGCUCCGCCCCCGCCACUCCCAGCGCGAUCAGGAAAGACAGCAGCACAUUCAAUCUUCUCAAGGACAGCGACCUAUUCACACAAAUAUCUAAAAACAAAAUCGUCGCAAAGAGUCCUUCACCGUCUGAGGUGUUGGAGACGCACUCCUGUCACGUGGUGGAGGUGAAGGAGCAUGAGAUCGUGAAGUCGACCGUCGGACUCGUGUGGCCUCCGGAGGACGUGGACACAGUGGAGACCGUGGUGGAGUUCAUACCGCAGACAGUGGACACGGUGGAGAUCAUAGAGGACACGGAGGAGGAGGAGGGGGAGGGGGAGGGGGAGGAGGAGACACACUCCGCCGGCCAGUUCGGACACGAACCGAGGACAUUCGUGGUGGAGGUGAAGACACUGGAACACAGGAUGAAGCCUACCAUCGGGAUAUUGAAGAGGAGAGGAGACCACCGAGAGAAGGAGGCCAAGGUGGUGAGGGUGGAGGAGGAGGGAGCGGACGAGACCCUGGGAGAGGAGGAGGAGGAGACGGUGGACCCCAGGGGAGGGGAGCUGGACUCAGGCGGUCAGAACGGUAUCAUGGACGACGAGCUUAACGAGUAUCACAUACUGGACGACCACCGCGACCGACCGACAGGGACUGAGGACGGACAGGAGGGAGACCAGGGGGAGGCGGCUAGCGAGGGUAUAUAUACUGAAGUGGAGGAAGGACAGGCGCGGGUGAGCGAGCCGCUGUCGUCCUCGACCCCUGUGAAGAGACACGAAGACAACCGAGCGCACGUGGUGGGGGCCGAGCACAAGGAGCAGAGAGUGGACGAACACAAGCAGACGACCGCCAACCAGUCUUCCGUCGAGGAGAUAUCGGCGAUAGAAGAGGAGAAAGGGGAGGGAACGGAACAGGAGCUGGAGGAGGACGGGGACGACGAGGAGGACGCGGGGAGGUUAGAGGAGGCCGGGGAGAAGAUGAUGCGGCGGCUGGAGGUCGUGUUGUUGACACUGGCAGCCGUGCCCGCCGAGAGGGACCCCGCCAAGAGACUAGAGAUUCUGAAGAACCAAGUUGGUGGUGUGGCACCGGACGCGGCGGCGCUCAUCUCCCGCGGGGACAGCCUCGUGUACCGUCUGCACGGCACCCGGCCCGCGCUGGCUCGGCGGCUGCAGGAGGUGGUGCAGGACCCGCUGCGGGCGCGGUGGAGCGCGCUCAGGGCGGAGGCCGAGCACCGGCGGAGGGAGGCGCUGCGGGCCGAGGACGACCUGCGCGAGCUCGGGGCGAGGCUGGAGGCCGUGAGGCGGGCCGGCGGGGGCCCGGCCGCCGCGCACGACGCGAGGCGGCUAAGGGACCUGUGUCGAGACCUGCGGGACCGCCGAGUCGCCUUCCCCGAGCGAGCCGCCGCGGACGCCCUGGCCGAGUACGACGCCGCGCGCGAACAGCGGCGGGACUCGGACGACCAGCGACACAGUCUGGAGGAGCGGUCGGAGCUGGUGACGCGCUGCAACCUGGAGCGAGAGGCUGUGUCGAGGACCCUGGGGGCACUGAGGGGGGCGCCGCUCGGGGGAGGAGACUAUGACGACUUCCCGCUACAAGAGGACGCUCUGAACGAGAUAAAGAGCUCCAUCGAUGACAUCGAGAGAUCACUGGCGGAGAUAGAGAGGCGCGGGGUGAGCGGGGAGCAGGCGGCCAGGGUCACGGACAAGCUGAGGAACGAACUGACGAGGCUCAGGGACGACUACCAGGAGAGGCGGGACAGGUGGGGGACGGGGACCAGGGGAGGGAGGGGGGUAGAGGGAGGAGGAGACUGUAGCCGCGUGUGUCACAGGUGGCAGGCGUGUGCGGGGACCUGGAGCAGGCUGUACGGGGCCUUGGAGGAGGGGGGGAGGCGGCUGGACCACCUGCUGGAGGAGGUGGACGCUGUCGAGGAGCAGGGGGCCACGUGCGACCCGCACUCGCUGACGAGCUGGCAGGAACAGGUGAGGGGGGGGUGUCUGACGUCACCGGCGCGUGACCUGCGACUAACGUGUGUGUGUGUGUGUGUGUGUGUACAGCUGGAGGAGUGUACGCGGGGAGCGGAGGAGCUGAGGUCGUUGGGCGCGACCGUGACGGCGGCGUGUGGCGGCGCGCUCGGGGAGAAGGUCCGCGGACAGAUACAGGAACACGAGAGACGACGAGCGCUGGCCGAGGACAGGCUGCGCGCGCUGAGGACGACCAGCCCAACCAGUCCGAUCGGGGGGAGGGAGCGGGCGCGGGCUCGGCGGCCGGAGACCAGCGCCACCCUGGCGCGGGUCCGCGAGCUGCUGCUGACGACCAGCGCGCACCCCGCGGACCGCGCCAGCCUCGCCGUCAGACACAGCCUGGUCAAGGCUCGGGAGGAGGAGGUGGCGCGCGCUCUGACCACCGCCCGCGGGGAAGAGAGGCUUGAACUGGAACAGGGAUAUGUUGUAGUAAAGGACGAAAUGAGGGACGGUGACGUGUGGCUUCAGGUUAGUGACGACUACAGAUGUACUGUGAGGGGCGCGCUCGACAGACAUACAUGUGACACGGCUAAGAUAUCACCCAACAAGAUAUCUACAACAAACAUUAUGAAAUAUUAA